AUGGCCAGCAGCGUGGUGAACGCGCUGUUCGGGUCGUAUGAUCUGCGCAACGCCAAGCAAUGGCGGGACGAGGAUAUGGCGUAUCGGGAGCAGGAGAUACAGUGGCUCAACGACGACAUCGUGCGUGCGCAUCAGUGGCGGCUAGCGGACACCGAGCGCUUCCUACGGCGCGAGAAGAUGCAGAGCGAGCACUUGGUGUGCGAAGCUCGUGCUGAGCAGCUGUCCACCGUAUCGGAGCAGGCCACGCUGCUCUGUGGCUUCAUCGUCAGCGCAAUGUGCAACGUCGGCGUGCCGGACAAUGUCCACGCCUACGUGUUGUUCCUGUAUACGGUCUCUGGCACUGCUGUGUGCGUGUCCAUGCUCAUCUGCGCCGUCAUGUGCACCAAUUUGCAGCUAGCAGUGACGCGCUAUGCGGCACACACACUCGAGGACAGUGUGCGAACCAUGGAUAUGACGCAGCUCGAGUGGGGCUCGCCCUUCAGCUCCUGGUGGCUCACAAGGUGCGAGAAAGAGCAGAUGACUGCCUACAAGUUUAUGCUCUUCGGCGUUGCAUCCUUCUUCUUCUAUCUCGGAGCAGUUUCCUGGAUCCAAUUCUACAUGUCCACAGGGACGUCGCUGAGCAUCUCGUCGCUGUCAUUUGUAGGGUUCUUAAUCUGGCAGCUUCGUAUCGCCAGUAAGUGGAGGUAUCUGCUCACCCCGCCGUCUUUGGGAACUUCAGCGAAUAAUUUAGGAGCUUCACAUUUGUCGCACUCGUAUCUGUCGGCGCCAAGGACACCAGCAUCACUAACGUUAAGGAAGUCGGCGCUGGAACCGACUGCCGCUCCAGUGUCUGCUUCCAGCUUCACCAAGUCCAUCACGCCGAUCGAUACACCGUGA